ACUAGUGAUCUUCCAAAACAGGAUUUGCUUCAAUUCAGUACCUGCUUAUAGUCUUGCUGUAUGCUUAUUGGCAGAUAUUAAACUUCCUCAUUAAUUUAGUUUAAUAGGCUCUUUUCUUGGUGGUUUUAUUCACAUGUAAUAUUUGCUGUUUAGAUAUUUGGUUUGAGGUUAUUGUCAAAGCUUGGCAAUAUGUGUCUGAGUGGGGGGUAGGGCAGUUGUACAAGUCCUAUAUGGAGGAAAGUCAGAUUAAAUGAUAUCCUGUAAUUUUGCCAUUUUUAGUUGCUGUCAGUCCUUAAUUCUUUCUCACAUUAAGUGUGAUCCAUUGAAGCACUGCCACAACAUCAAGAGGUUAGACCUUUCAGUGGAUUCGGAAAAUGUUACUCCAGUCUCCAAACUCACCUGGCAAGUGGCCGGGGGAGAUGAUGAAAUCAGCAAGAAAAGAAGGAGGGAGUUUCCCGCUUACAAAGUCCAGCCUAAAAAAAAGAGGUGUACUCCCAGUAAUGGUGCCAAAGGGUUUGAGGAUUCAGAUGUUGGCAGUGCCAGAGUUUACAAACACAUUGAGGUCCAAGAUAUUAAUCGAGGCAGUCCCUCUGAGCUGAACUGUUACAUUAGCUCUAGAAACAGGAUGAGCCGCGGUAAUGAAUAACCAACCGUCAACGAGUAAGAGACAGACAGCUGCUGCUGUACAGCCAAGACAAAAAACAGUCUGCUUGUUUGAUGGUGAUUUAGACUCUGAAGAUGAAAUAAGAAUGAUGGUUGCACAGGAAAAUAGGAAAAACAAAGAAACAAGGAACAGUGAUGUGGAGGUGUUUGGUGAUUUAGAAGUAGUUGGUGAUGAGUUUAGUUUAAAGUAUACCAAUCACUGGGCUCAUCAAAAGGUAAAGGGUGGAGGCAGCAAAAAAAUGUCUGAACAGAAACAAAGCCUGAAGGACCUGGAGGCUGACCGCUGGGAGUACGAUUCUGAGAUACUGAUGAAAUUCUUACGUUUAAUAACAAAACGGAAUCAAGUUUGAAAAAACCCAAAUCGUUUAGAGCUCUCUUUAGCCGACUUGGAACAGCUGGCAAAGAAAUCCGCAGAGACCUCGGAGGAAGACAGUGGAGAAUCCAGUUCAGUGUUGAAAGCUCCCCAGCAUGUCUUGAAGGUUGAGAAGUCACAAGUACUACAGACAGCAAAGAAAAACACUCCUGUAGCUAUUUUGGCAGCUAUUUUAAAGGACUGCAGUGAUGAUUCUGAUGGUGGGAAAAGGAAGAAAAAAAAGACUGCUUCAAUCCUCCCAGCCUUUAAAGGAACAAAAACACUUGCAGAAGCUCAGAACCGGGAAGAAAAAACUAACUUGGCGCCGCAGCAGAAAAGAAAGCGGGAGCCUUCCAAAGACGAGGCUGUGAAGAAACAGAAAGCAUCCAUCGUUCAGGAGCAAAAGACAUCGUCUUCUGAGUCCAGCAGUUCGUUUGGAGGAGAUGCCUGUUUCCAAGUUGCCACCAUUGAGGGGACUCGAAUUUCCUGUAGAGCCUGAGAGUCAGAACCUAUGCCAAGAAAAGAAACCAGGUAGCGAGAGCGGCAGUGGCUCUUCCAGCAGCAAUAGCAGCAGCGAUGAAGAAAAUGAGGCACAAGGAAAAGCUACACCGAAAAUAGAGAACUAAAACUGCACAUGCAAAAAUCGGCCUGUCACUGGAAAGUAAAGAUGCUUAAAAAAAAAAAAGCAUGUGAAUCUAAGAAAGUUCAAGGUGUGCUGAGCUCCAAACCAGAGUGUGUUCGGAAACAUCGACAGGACAAUGAGAAAAGACUAGCUGCUCUGCAGCAAAGACAAAAUGAGGCAGAUGAGCAGAAGCAGCUUAUUCAAGGGGCUUUGUUGAUACUGGACACACCAGAAACCAGUACAAGCAGACACACUGGGUUUGACUCCGAGGAAGAGAGCGACGGUGAAUCAAGACAAACGGAUGAGAAAAGAGAGUCUUGCAUUGAAGUGAAAAAGAGCAUGUUUGAGGAGAGUGAGGAGUUCUCUGACGAGGGAUCCCAGACAAGGCAAAAGAGUUUAAAAACAAAGCAGCUGGCAAACUGUUUGAGAGUGAGGAUGAAGAGGAUGCUGACAGUGAAGACGAAGGGGAGAGAUUUCAAAUUAAACCUCAGUCUGAAGGCAAAGCUGGAUUUCAUAGCAAACUCAUGGAGUUCCAGUCCCGGAUUGGAAGAGAUGAGAGAUUUCAGAUGGAUUCAUGUUUUUUGGAUAGUGAUAAUGAGGAAUGCCAUGAUACAGAAGAGAUUAUGAAGCCCAACACAGUGGAGGAAGAAGAGCUUGCUGAGGGGAAAAAAAGAAGAAUCUGGAAAUUUUACAAAAUCUUCUUCACAUUAAUGUCCAAACUGCAGAGCCCAGAAAAGAGAAAGCAAAGAAAAAAAC